UCGUCCUCGCUUUUCCGGAUAGUCUGUAUCAUCCUCAAGUUUCAAUCCGUUCUCCGAAAACAUUGUUACCGUAAAUUUUAUACGUAAGUUCGUGAUAAGAAAUUGCGUUUAUAGAAAGAAAUUAAAAUUAGUGCAAUCCGUAUCCACCUCCCCUAGCUUGGUGCCUAGAUGCCCUUUGGCUGUGAACUUUGACCCUCCCAGAAGCGCAUAUAAAUCAGUAGUAAAAAUAUAAUUAUAGUGAUUUGUGUGCAGUUUGAGAUUUCCGCUGUGAUUAGUGUUACGAAGGAUCUCUGUCAGGAAUACGUGAUUAGUUUCUUGAAUGGAAUAAACUAUUAAUUUCGGUUGUUUUGGAAAAUGAGGGCAGCAGGCGAGAGGUAACCCCUGUCUGCUGAUGACGUCAUGUUGUGGCGCUUUACCGCCAUCUUGAUCACACUUCUAGCAGCAAUUGGUGCACUGGGCGCCCCGAGUCCACAGUCAGGGAGCAGCCAUGGUCAGCCUCAGGCCGGCUCUCCCAGCACCCCGGGCCCCGUGGGUGGCGUCCGCCGAGGCAAGGGUUGGCGUGAGUGGCGCAGGGGUGAUCCUACACUCAUCAAUAGCCUCUGGAAGAGCAAGACGCCUCUGGGUAAUGCAGAGAUGUAUAUAGUACUUGCUCUUCUCAUCGGUUUCGUGACGGUGGUAAUCGGCUGUUGGCUGUCAGACAACUGCUGGUCCCCGGAACCGGAACACCUCACUACGAUCGCAUAGCACGUCCACACGCGUGUCGCUCGCAUCCACACCGUCGUCAUUGAGCAAUGGACCGAGCCACCUGUCGUGCCGGUCAUACAGACUGUCUGAUGUCUUACUAGAGCAACACGAGUUGGUAGGAGUUGAGUGAGUACAACAUUCGGUAACACUAUUGAACACUUAAGGAUUUGAAGGAAAAAAGUGGUGAAUGUAGCACAAAAGCGAAAAAAAUACUUUGCCGAACACCUAAUUUGGGAAGAAUGGUAAAAAAUAUAAGUUAUCAUUCAAUAGAAGAACUGUGGCAAGACAAGUGGCUUAAGAUUACAAGAAAGGAAAAAUUUGGGAAAAGGAAACAAAAUAAAACAGG